AUGAAAUUAUCUUUUGGCACUUCGUCCAACUUUUUAUCAUUUUUUUUUGUCAAUCUUUGGGAUCAUUGCCAGAUCUUUCCACGUCAGGUGAGAGUUCGCCGAACGGCAGAACAGAAGGAAGCUGCCAAGCAAGCCAUAAAGGAAUGGGGAUCAGCAGUGUUCCGAAGGGAUUUCGAGCCAGUUAGGCCCUGGCUAAGGGAAACUUGUGUGAUAACGGAUGUGGCGAUCAAUAAGUUGGGCGAAAAGUUUGGCAAUGUUGCGACUGCCGAAUCAAUAAUGGAUUUCAGCGGCUGGACUUUUUGUUUUCCCAAACAUUUAAAGGAGCUCACCGACAUUCUUGUCCAAUUAAACAAGGAUAUUGAUAAUGAAGGUCGAUCAAACCUGCCGCCGCAGCCCCAAAAUAGGAACUCCCAUGUUAAUCAGACUGGUCCUGUUCGGAGAGUUCGGCAGGCCGCGAAGCCAACGAUUUCAUUUAAAAAUAUGACCUCUUUAGACUUUGCCACACCUAGUGCCCCUACUUCCAAGCCUCGGAACAUACGAAAGGCAAACGGAUCAACCUGGGAUGAGAAACAUGGAUCAAGGUCUACCAAUAUUCACUCGCUCGGACAAAUGGAAGACCAGAUGGAGAUUUCGUUUGGCGUUCCUUACUCAGGCACCAAACACACCACAAAGAAAGCGGUCCAUGAUAUCAAUGAGAUACUCAUAUCCCUCAGACAGUAUGAUAUUCUUGAGCCCUAUAACAAAGAUCAGCCUCCGAAAUAUCAUUCACAAAUUGCCAGCGCACAUCCUGUAGCAGAUCUCAUCAAUGGAGGUUAUGAGAAGAUGCAGGGGACAAAACACCUCCAAUCGUUCAUUGAAGCGAGAACCCGUUCGCAUGGGGGACCGCACAAAAAUAUAAACGAUGAGGCGAUGGAGGUUGACGGAGACGAUGCUGUGGGUAUUGUUUGA